AGUGAGAGAGAGAGAGAAUGAUUGCCGGACAGGGUCAAGGUCGUCGCGUAUUUUUUUUUUUGUUUUUUUUCUCGCCCUAUCGGUUAUCUCCGUCGUCUUUAAUUGCCGUUAGGCCGGUCGCGGCGGCGGGGGCGGUAAUAUUACACGCUAAAUACGCGCUGCCCGAAAAAGUCGAAGGGAUUCGCGUCAGGCGAACUCGCGGGCCAUCGCGAACUUUCGCGACACGCAGAGCGUUAUGCAAUUAGAGUGGGCCUUGAAUACGACUCGGCGGCGGCGACGGCGGGCAAAACAAGCGACGUUGCCGCUUCCCGUCGCGUUUCCGGAUUCCAACGAGGCACUACGUUCGAAACAGAUUUUUAUUUCAAGAGGAAGCCGAUUCGGUGUUUUUGUGCUCCUGCGGACCACCAGAGAAAGAUCCAAGAAAGUGGAGAGCUGAAACUUCGACCCUUUUAUCCUACCGAAACUGAAAACGAAAUAUGAACCCGAUCCGACCACGGCAAUAACUGUCCGAAAUAUGAAUCUAUCCAUUUGAAAUUUUGCACAAGGAUAUAAGAUAGUUGAGAGGGAUCGGUGAAUGGGAAGUAUGUUCUAAAAUUUCAAAACCACUAUUCUUAAAAAACCAAAAAAUUACUAUUCCUCGAAAACCGUUCAUCGGGUCGAAACGAUUAUUGAACGGGAAGACGCAGAAUAUCGAUGCCCAUAAACCUUUAUUGGUGACUUUUCUAAAAUAUUGGUAUUGGUAUUGAAGGGGGGCGCCCUCGCGGGCGUCCGAGCACUUAGGCCACCAGAUGGGCCCGUUGUUCCCCCAGGCCGCUCUAGAGGGCGUCCAGAAUGCCGCCCCUCCUGUAGAAGGUCAGCAACUCCUUUAGCCCAAUACCGUGCACUGAGUCCGGAUCGAUCAGGGCCGUUCCAAAGACUCCCAAUCUUGCCCAUGUCAAGGCAGGGCACUCGGUGAGCAGAUGAUACGGGGUCUCCUCCCCUUCCAUACACCACCUACACUCCGGGUCGUCUCCAAUGCCUAGCAAGCAAAGAUGCCUCCUAAGCCUGCAAUGUCCUGUGUAGGCCCCUGUUAGUGCUCUACACUCCCUUCUGGUCAGUCUAAGCAUCUAAGCACCUAAGCACAUAAGCCUCGCCUGCCUCAUUCCCGGAGCAACUCUCCAGCCCCCCGCGGCCCGGUCUCUCGGCCAGGCUUCGAGAGCUCUGGCCCUAUAUGCCUAUGCGAGGAGCCCUCCCUGGCUAAGGCGUCCACUGCCUCAUUGUCCCGGAUACCGGUGUGACCCUGGACCCAGACCAACGUGACCUUUCUCUCCUCAGCCACCCUCCUCAGUACCCCUUUGCACUCCUUUAUCAACAAGGAGCGCGUACUAAAAUAUACAGAGUGUGCCUUGCAAAGAAAAUUGAUUGUAAGUUAAACACUGCGACCUAGUCUGCGGUUUUUUCUACACAGCAGUGUAGGCCGGAGAAACAGCUGAAACCGUUGUAUUUAAGGUUAUAUUAGGAAAUGGAGCAAGUGCCCGAAAUUUGCGGCUGUUGACUUCAAUUUUGCCAAAUUCUAAAACCUGGGUGCAACCGGACAUCGGCAACUUUUUUUUUUUUUAUUUCGAAAAUUUUUUGUCGUCGAUUUGGGCUGUAUAAAAGCAUUCAUUUCUCCCGAUCGGCAAAAUUCCUUGGACCAAAAAACGCGGGAGAUCCGGUACUAUCGUAUACAGGAUUUUUUAAUUAUGGACAAAAAUCUAAAAGAUCGUGAAACUUGCCCUUUUCGGUAGCCGUAAAUCAAAAAUCGUAAAAAAUAUAGCUAAUUGGUUGAAACAGUGUCAUAGGCCGCAUCAAGAGCUACGCUGUCUAUCAUACGCGCUGCUCGGGAUAUUUGAAAAAGAAAACUGAAAAAAAAAAGUGAAAAAUGCCAAUAUCUAAAAUACAGUGUUUCAGAUAUUAGUUUCUGUUAAUUUGCGGAUAUCGACUACAAAUUUAGCAAAGAAGUAAAGGUCCAUGCCAACAUUUAAACAGUGAAAAUUGGGUGCAAUCAAAUUUCACCAAAUAUAUUUUUUUUAAUUUUGAUUUUUUUGUUGUUGUGCCGCCUUCCAGAAAAACAUGGUUUUCUGCAUAACCAUUCCCCAGAUCGUCAAAAUUGUUUAACCAGCAGACGUGGAAGAUCCAGUGCCAUAACAUUUAAUUUAUGCAUUUUUUCGAUUAUAUACGCGGUUUCCCAAUUAUAGACAAAAAUGUAAAAGACGCAUGAAAUUUUUCUUUUCCAGAAUUAAUUAACCGCGAAUCGAAAAUCGUAAAAAAUAUGGCCAAUCGGUUCAAACAAUUUUUGUUUUUACGAUUUUCGUCUACCAUACACGCUAGGUAUUUGAAGAAAUCCAUUAAGAAAUCACCAUUUGUCGCCCCCAAUCGAUGACGUCAUUUACUAUUACCACGUACUAUUUACUCUAUUGGAAAAAAUCAUAUGCCAGGAAAUGUGGAAAUGUUUCGAACAUUGUUUGAAUUGCAUACAGGUUUUUGGGCAAAAAAAUCUAAAACAUCCCAAAAAUUUCGGAAAAAAGGGGCUCGUAUUUAAAUUGAAAUUUCCUUGCGGUCGCGGAAAUUUGGCGGACGUGGCAACGUCGCGCGCGCUUAUGCAGGCCCGCGUCGCCGCUGUCCCGGUCGCGUUUAAACGCCACGCAGUAGUAGUCGAAUCGUCGUCGCGCGAGACGCGGUCGCCAUUAAAAUUAGCCGGUUAUUUUCCACGUGCAAGUUUUUGACCGCCAUCCGCCGCCGCCAGCGCCGCACGACAGUGACGGACGAUGGACCUCCGACCCCCUCAAUAAAUAAAUAACGAACGAUACCGCGUGUUCGUGUCGUUUUUGUCGCGGUGGCCGUCGUCGCCGUAGCGGCCAGUGCCUCCCCUCCCACCCCACCACGCUAGUAUAGUGGUCGCCGCUAAAGCGGGCCGCAGACGCGCGGCGCGUUCAUGUACACCUUUACGGUGGUGUGCAGCGGUGCCCGAUGCAGUCCCACGUGCUAACCAACCCGCACCACCAUCAUCACCACCACUAUUCGGAGGGUUUCCCGCACCUGCGUGGUGGGACGUUCCGCAGCCGAAGCAGGGUCGUACAGCAGCAGAGCAUGGCGGCGCACCAGUGGUACCCGCCCCCCCGGCCCGCCUUCGACUUUGCCGCCGCCGCCCCGUCGACGUCGUCUUCGACGCUGCUGUUGCCUCCUAGCAACAGCCGCGAGAUGCGGAACCGCGCCGAAAAGCAGCGCAGGGACCGCCUGAACGCGUUCAUCGGCGAGCUGGCAACGCUGGUGCCGCUCGUCUCCAAAAGUACGAAACGUCUGGACAAGACGAGCAUCCUGAGGCUAACCGCCGUCCACCUGCGGCUCUAUCAGACUCUCGCGCAGGGCAGGGGCGUGGCCCAGAUGGAACUGCCCAAGUAUGUCGACCAGUUCGUGCUCGAUCAGCUAGUGUGCGACCAAUUGGGCGGCUUCCUGCUCAUCCUCUGUCCGAACGGCAAGAUCAUCUUCGUGUCGCACACGGUGGAAAGUUUGCUAGGUCACCUGCAGACCGACCUCAUGGGCCAGUCGUUGUUCGGAUUGGCCGCCCCCGAGGAUCACGAGAAACUGAGGACCCACCUUCAGAGCGAGGGCGAGGUCGAUACCGAUUGGCGAAAAUAUUUCGCGGUCAGCCUGCGGAGGGCGGGGCCGCGCUCCGAAACGCCCGUCUACGAAUCGGUGCGUAUGAUGGGCGUGCACCGCCACCUCGGAGGCUCCGCCCACGCCCCCGACAGCCCGUCGACGUCGUCAUCGUCGUCGAGCGUCGCGUCGCCGCAAGCGACGCCCGUUAACACGGACAUUUUGGUGUUUUUCGUGAAGAUAUGCCGGCCCGAGCCGCUGGUCGAUCGACUUGUGGUCGCGUCGAAAGACGAAUACGUCACGCGGCAUCUGAUCGACGGCCGGAUCAUCAAUUGCGAUCAGCGAAUCUCGCUGAUCGCCGGCUACAUGAUCGAGGAGGUCCACGGCAGAUCCGCGUUCCUCUACAUGCACCGCGACGACGUCCGGUGGGUGAUGAUCGCGCUCAGACAAAUGUACGACCGGGGCGAGAGCAAGGGCAACUCGUGCUACCGCCUCAAAUCCCGUAACGGUCAGUUUAUCUAUCUGCGUACGUUCGGUUUCCUGGAGAUCGACGACCGGGGCAUCGUCGAGAGCUUCGUCUGCGUCAACAGCCUGGUGGACGAGGGCGAGGGGCUGCGCCAGAUCCAGGAGAUGAAGCAGCGGUAUUCGGCUCUGGUGAGCCAGGCGGCCUCCGACGUCGACGGCGAAAACGGCCACGCGACCAUCGAGGAAUGGACACCGCCGACGAAGAGACCCGCCCCCGAGCCGAUCGACGACUUCGUCGAGGACCCGCGCAAGAUCGAGGAGGCGAUCAGCCAAUUGAUGCGCGAUCUGCCGUCGCCCGGUUCGGAAGAGGAGGCGGAAUCGCCGCCCCGCACCCCCGAAGCUGCGGUCGUUCCUCCGACGAAACCGGAACCGGUCGCGAAGACGCUCCCCAAGCCCCACCACCCGCACCUGAGGCUAAAGACGGGCGGGAAGAGGGCGCCGUCGUCGCCCGAAGCGUCCCGCGCCCGCUGCAAAAGGUCGAGGAUGGACAGCACGGAUUCCGAGUGCUCGCAGCUGUCGCCGCCUCCGCCGCCGCAAAGGAGCGCCGCCCCCGUCAAGGCGUACCCGAUUAAUAAUUCGAGUUCGCAGCCCGAGUUGGCGGACAGCAACCACCGCACGGUAUGAGGCCGCAACGGGGGGCAGCUUGCAAUGAGUAAUAAAAUAAAGACUGAUCAAAUAGGCCAUACUUGCGGACACAGUCGGCACACGCGUUAGAGAGAAAGCCCGCGAACUGAUUUUUCUACGGACUUUUUUUUGGUCACCCGUGUUUUGUAUUACCGAACCGAAACCAAAAAAAAAAAAAAAAACGCGCUGCGGGAACGCGAGGAGGGGGUGCAAAGGUGCCGCUCCUUCCUGGGGCGACGACGACGGGCGGACAUUUUGUGACUCCCGUCGUUUAUUGUUAUCUUAUAUAUUAUAUAUAUAUUAAUUAUUAUAUUAAUAUACAUUAACCGAUAGGAAUUUUCUGUGAUUUUUGAUAAGAGCUAUGUGUAGCUAGAUGUACCGUAACCAUAUACAUUAUAUAUACAUGUGAAGGGUGGCAAACCCGAGAGCUCGUCCUACCCUUUCCCCCCCCCCCCCCCCCCCCGCGCCUAUAUCCCGCGGCCUCCUCCUUACCUACAGCAGGAUAAUGAUGAUUGCCCGCGCGUGUGACUCUCAAAAUUAUUCAUUAAUUAUCUUGCGGCGCGAAAGAGUUCGAAGUGCAGUUAAUCGCGGCUCUUGAAACGUACUAAAAUGACUCUCAAAAGGUGGCUCGCUGAUGCAUUGAAAGAGAUUUCGAAUUGGAGCGUGACUCUUAAAAGACCGACAGAACAGUUCUCGGAAACUUUAAACGCGCGAUACUCCUAAAACUCGCUCAAUUAAGUGAUUCUUUAAAUUAUGACCCAGGCGUGACUCUUAAAAUGAUUCUUGGAGGAGUUUUGCGUGAAACAAACGGUGAGAUCGUCAAAGUUUGGAAAAAUGGGAAGUUGUGUACGCACGUGAUUCUUAGAAGGCGCUCGACUAAGUGGUUCUUAACACGUGACUGACGGUUCUCGAAUUUUACGAUUACGACUCGGGCGUGACUUUUAAAAUGAUUCUUUGGGACCUUUGCGGGAAGUAAACGGUGAGUUCGUUAAAAUUUGGAUAAAUGGGAAACUGUAAACGCGCGUGACUCUUGAAAGACUAUUAUUAAGUGAAUCUUAAAACGUGACUCAUUAACGGUUGUCGGAUGCAAGACGCUUCGAAUUGGGUCCGACGAUUCCUAGCGUGAUUCUCAAAUAACCUACUCGUUAGCCGCUCAUGUGCCGCAUGACUCUUAAAAUGACUCUUAAGGAGGUCUAACGUCAUCCGAGAGGCUCGACUCCUGACUCUUAAGCGGUUUAGGGAUUAAGAACGUUGAUUAAGAUCGAUCGCCAGCCAAAACCGCCGCCCCGCCUCCUUCCGCCCCCCCCACGGGCGGGAAUCGAUAAACACGACGCUCGGCCUCCUGUCGGGGUCACGCGACGACCGGGUCAGGGUAACAUUUUACGUCGCCCGUUGGUGAUGGUGGCGGGUUGGAGGGGGGGGGGGCGCGGUCGACCCCGCCAAUCGCGCAAAACGAAAAACCAAACAAAACCGUUGCCGCCGCGCAGACCAAUUUUUUUUGUCGUCUCGAAGUGCGCCCCCUCCCUCGACCGCCGCCCCCGGCGGGGAAAAAAAUUGCCGGCGCGCAAUGCGUCUACGUAAAUUAGAUAUAAUUUAUAUAUAUAU